CCCGGCUUACCUGGAAUAGAUGGAAUUAAUGGCGAUGAUGACACUUCUCUGCAAUUACAUUAUUCGGACUCUUGUGCUUUAUGCCCUGCUGGACCUCCUGGUCUACCAGGACCUCCAGGACCGGAGGGAGAUCCUGGACCACAAGGCUCACCAGGACCACCAGGAUUUGACGGAGCUCCAGGUUUUCCUGGUCCAAAAGGACCCAUAGGAGACAGGGGACUACCAGGAGAUCCUGGACUAACACUCGAUGAUGGCUACUGUCCUUGCAGACCAGAUACAAGAUAUAAUGAAGAAUACAAAAAAGAGAAUGGCAUAUCUUAG